AAUAUAAGAGUGCUUCGGAGUUGGAAUUAUCCCCUGCAACAAAUAAGCUUAUCAUGGCAUUUUCAAGAAUAACAAAACAUCCCCAGCAACUCUGCAAAACGAUUUCGCCCAUCAAUCCAAAUUCUGUCUCCAUCAGAAAUCUCUCCACCGAUCCCGAGGACUUCACCGGAACUAUCAAUUACUUCAUAUCUAUCUUCACCAAGCAGCCAUUUUGCCCAGACAGCCCUGAGUUGAAGAGUCUUGCUCCAAUGCUAAAUCCCAGAGUCGUUGAAUAUGUCUUGAAUUCUUUCAAAAGCUGGAGAAUUGCUUACUCUUUCUUCAACUGGGCCUCAAACCAAUAUGGAUAUAAGCAUAAUAUCUAUACGUAUAAUGCAAUGGCCUCAAUCCUAUCACAUGCUCGAGAAAAUGCCCCGCUGAGAGCUCUGUCUUCUGCUAUACUGAAUUCUCGUUGUUCAAUGACUCCUGGUGCUCUAGGUUUCUUUAUUAGAUGUUUGGGUAGUGUUGGCUUGGCUGAUGAAGCUAAUGUGUUGUUUGAUCAAGUAAAAAUGAUGGGUCUUUGUAUGCCGAAUAGUUAUAGCUAUAAUUGUUUAUUAGAGGCUAUCUCUAGAUCUAAGUGUAGGUCUACUUCUGUUAUUUUGGUUGAGACGAGACUCCAAGAAAUGCGUAAUCAAGGUUGGGAGUUUGAUAAGUACACAUUGACGCCAGUGUUGCAGGUGUAUUGUAAUGCGGGGAAGUUUAAUGAAGCUUUGGGUGUUUUUAAUAAAAUUUGUGAUCGUGGUUGGGUGGAUGAGCACAUAUUAUCUAUUUUGGUGCUUUGUUUUAGCAAGUGUAGUGAGGUGGACAAGGCGUUUGAACUAAUAGAAAAAAUGGAAGAUCAAAAUGUUAGAUUAAAUGAGAAAACGUUUUGCAUUUUGAUUCAUGGAUUUGUAAAACUAUCUAGAGUGGAUAAAGCCCUGCAAUUGUUUGAUAAGAUGCAGAAGUAUGGUUUCACUCCUGAUCUAGCACUUUUUGAUGUGUUAAUUGGAGGGCUCUGCAAAAGUAAUGAGCUUGAGAAAGCUUUGUCUUUGUAUGCACAAAUGAAAUUGUUCAAAAUCCUACCUGAUGUUGGAAUAUUCACCAAGCUCAUAUCUUCUUUUUCUGAAGAAGGAGAAUUAACCUACGUACUUGACAAAAUCCAUGAGGAUAUGGAUUUAGAAGGUCUGACUAUGCUUUGCAAUUCUUGUUUGAAUUCUCUUGUUAACAGUGGCUUGAUAGAUAAAGCUCAUUGUCUUCUUCAGGGUAUGAUGGGAAAGGCAUAUGGUGAUAAUGUCGAGUUACAUAAGCUUUUCCAAGAUAAAAAGGUAUUUGCUCCUAAUACAGCUAGUUUUGCUAUUGUCAUUAAGGCUUUGGUCCCAGCCGGCAAGUUGGACUUGGCCCUUUCCCUCUUUCAAGAUAUGGCUCAAAUUGGUUGCAGCCGUAAUUUAGUGAUUUAUAAUAACUUGAUUGAUGGACUAUGCAAGUCUGAUAGAUUGGAGGAAAGUUAUGAGAUUCUGAGAGAAAUGAAGGAGUCAGGAAUUGAACCAACACAAUUUACUCACAAUGCUAUGUUUGGGUGCCUUUGCAGGAGAGGGGAUGCUUCUGGAGCCCUUGAUCUGGUAAAAAAGAUGCGUAUUCAUGGCCAUGAGCCUUGGAUCAAACAUUAUACCUUUCUAGUAAGAAAAAUGUGCAAAAAUGGGAAGGCAACACAAGCCUGCAAAUUUCUUGCUGAUAUGGUUCAAGAAGGCUUCCUACCUGAUAUAAUUGCCUAUUCUGCAUCACUAAGUGGUUUGAUUGAAAUUCAAGAAGUUGAUCAAGCGCUGAAGCUAUUCCGUGACAUUUGUGCUCGUGGGCAUUGCCCUGAUGUAGUUGCAUACAACAUACUAAUAAGUGGGCUCUUUAAGACCCAAAGAAUUACAGAAGCUCAUACUAUAUUUGAAGAGAUGGUGAUGAAGGGCCUUGUCCCCUCUGUUGUCACAUAUAACUUGCUUAUUGAUGGGUGGUGCAAAAGUGGUUGCAUUGAUGAGGCCCUGCAUUGUCUUUCCCGUAUGUCUGCCAAUGAAAGGGAACCUAAUGUCAUUACAUACACUACUUUAAUAGGUGGGCUGUGUAAUGCUGGAAGACCUGAUGAUGCUGUAAUGCUAUGGACUGAAAUGAGGAGAAGAGGUUGCACCCCUAAUAGAGUUGCUUUCAUGGCAUUUAUUCAUGGUCUUUGCCAGUGUGGUAGGCCAAAUGCUGCUCUGGUUCAUUUACGUGAAAUGGAAGACAACGAAAUGGAACCUGACUCUUUUAUCUAUGUAGCCUUAGUAAGUGCUUUUCUUGCCGAUGUAAAGCUCCCUCUGGCUUUUGAAGUAUUAAAAGAGAUGGUUGACAAGGGAAAAUUUCCGGAUCUGCUUGAUAAGAACUAUAUAAUUGUAAGAGAUGCAAUACUUAAGUUGUCUAAAGAUGCCAGGACUUCCUCUAGUGUUAGAAGUCUUAUAUCCAAUGGCAGCAUUCCAAGUAUAACUCUCUGAGAUUUUGUAGCUGAAGGUGGAGGUACAGGAGAUCAGUAAAAGAGUUUUAUGCUCAAAGAAAUUGUAUAACUGCAUGCUAAAGAUUGGCUGCUCAGAAGAUAUCUUGUGUGGUUCAUAUGAUUUCACUAAUUCUUUCCUUGUCAUUGAGAUCUGUCACCAGAUUUCUUCUCAGGGGCUGCUCUGUUGGAGUUCAUAGCAAAGCCAGGUAUGCAUUUGCAUCCCCAAUGUCAGUUUUGGUUGCAAUUUCUUCACAAGGCCAAUUUAAAAUUUGUGUCUUCCUGGUUAAAUUAGAUUGCUUUUUCCUAUUUAAAAUUGUCUUGUUUGAACCUGAUAAACACACUUGCAUCUUGUGGAGAAUUUUACUUUUAGCAUUUGUCAUACACCUUGCAAUUAUGAGUAAAAAAACAUAAUAAAAAAAAUAAAGCUCUGCAAGAAUCCCUUGUUUGAUCAAUAAACAUUUGGCAGAGAUUGUGAAACAAUUCAACAUCAAACAUAGAGAAUCUAGGCUGUUUUACAAGCCUUGCACACAACUCUAAUCCCAAUUACUCUGAUCUGACAGAAUACUCAAUGUGCAACUAAGGACUAACCCCAUAUUGAAUGUGAACCUAUCCCAAUUUUGAUUGUUUUCUUUUCAUUUCUCAGUAAAAUAGAAUUUAUCUCUGCAACCAGAGUAUUACUGUUGUAAACUUUACAAGAAUCAGAGAAGUAACAGCAAGAUCUAAGGUUGCUCGCUAAGAAAUUGAGUCUCGUUUUCUUCAGAAAAUGAUGGAAUUGCUGCACACUGAAAAGGAGAUAUUCUUUUUGAGCUUUCUCCUUGAUGAACUAGCUAAGGGUGUUUGUUUGUAAGUACCAUGGCAAAAAACUGAAAAAAAAAAAAGAGACUUUUUUUUUAUAUAGUUGUAGAGUUUUUAUAUAAUUGUCAUGUUGGGGAUAGACAUAAUCUUGGAAGUUCAGGACCACACAUGAUUCUUUUCCUUUGGAAGUUCAGGGAGAAACCAUCAGCUUGGAAGAAGAGAUUGCCAAUAUCAACUUCAAAGUAGGUAUCAGGUUCUCCUUGAUAUUCUUCCCAAGGAUGUUUAAUUCUACACGAUAAAAGGACUCAGAGGCCAUUCCCUAUAGCACUAGGAAGGGGUACCCUAUGCCACCUCAGGAAUAGCCAUCAAAGGACACCUGAGAAGCGCUAAAAUCAGUAGAUCCGUAUACAAUAUUAAACAUGAUUCAUAAGCCUGGAGUGAUGUGAUUUCACCCUUUCCAAGCAGCUAGACAUCUUAAUAGGUAUCCAGGGAUGUAUCCUCAUGUUUCCUGGGAAGUAAGUUCUUAGGAUAGAUAAAGGUAACAUGGCACCAAGGUUGGGUUGAAGAAGGAAAUAUGGCACCGAGAUUAUCCUCAAAAGCAGGAGCUUCACUGACAGAUUUAAAUCUGUCCGAAAUUAUUUAAUGUUCCAACGUGCUUUUCAACAGGUUCGAGGUGGGGUGAUUUGAAGUGAACAGAGACAUGUUUGCAACAAAUUACCAAUGGUGUUGGUGAUAGAUCUUAGGUUGUCAGUAAAUCCAUUGGAAAUUUCAAUUUCAAAAAAUAAAUCUCUGAAUUUUAUUCAAUUGCCCAGUGGAUUUUGCUUCCCAUCAGCAGCCUUCCUCUCCCAACAUUCUCUCCCUCCCAGCCUUGCUCGUUUGUUAUAACAAAUCCUCUGUUCGUGUCUCCGUCCCCAUUUCCAUUUUCCUUCUUUCCCCCUUUUCCUUAGUUUUGGGUUUUCUGUGAUUUGAUGUGCUUGUUGAAUGUCAAACCAACUUUUGGAUGUGUACCUCAUGCUGGUUAAGAGGCUGAACGCUCAUUUUUCUGAUUAUUAUAUAUAUAUAUGUUACAGGAUAUUCACACGUUCACGAAUAUUAAUUUCUCAUUUCAUGUAAUUCAGUGUUCUUCCUACAAGCUGGAUGGUUGUAGUAUUAGCAGGCACCAUAGAGGAUGCAAUUAUCAUAUAAAAGACUAUUAAUUGGCAGCCCACUAUGGUCUCAAUUCAAAAAAGAGCUUAUAGGUUAUGUAAGUUAUGAGCCUAUAACAAAAAUCAGAUGUUAAACAGUUUGAUACUAUAGUUAGUUGGUCUAUAUUUUCAGUAAUUGCAGCUAUAAUUGCCAAUUUCCAUUGAAUGAGUCAUCCAACACAUGGCCCGUGAGAACUUAUGAGUUGCUUAUUUUGGAAAAUUAUGAAGAACAUUCUGCAUUUUCAUUUUGCAUCCUUUUUUUUUUAAAAUCUUUUUUUUUAAAACUAAGCUAUAUUUGUAGUAUGAAAUUAGUGCUGUGAUCGAGUAUGAAGUGAUCAAGGGUAGUAAUUAAGCGAUUAGUGCUAAUUGAAACAAUUGCUUGACAUGAAUCAUUGUGACUGAUAACACAUUUUUCUUCACUUUCCCCAUUUUCUUUUUCACCUAUCAGCCAAAAACAUAUUUUCCACUGCUAAGGUCUUCUAGUCCAAUUUCAACCAUCAGAAUGGCAAGCUAUGGAGAGGUUAGUUACCUAUUUCUCAUCCUUGUUCAGUAUAUGCUUAAUUAAGGUACACUAAUUUUAAGGGUCAACCAUGAUAUGUUUUCUAAACUCUUUUUACUUGC